AUAUAGCAGUGAUAAUCUCGAAUCGGGGCCACCGUCUCACUUGAUUAGACUCUAAUCCGAUCAGACUUUGGAGAUCAUGCCACCAAGACAGAAGAACCAGAAUCCGUCGGGACUUGGGCGAGCUAUCAUCAAUAAAAAGUUCAAAGAUGCCAGAGAAAGACAUGAGUCCGGUCUUUAUACAACCGAAGUUGACUCAACAACCCGCCUGAAAUCUGUUACGCAGGAGAGAGACUUAGAUGAAUUCCUGAACACAGCACAGUUGGCGGGCACGGAAUUUACGGCUGAACGACGGAAUGUGAAAAUCAUCCAGUCUCCUGCAGGGUCAACACACAAUCCCAAUCUUCUCACCGAUCAGGAGGAGCAGUCGACUCUGAAGAAGCACCAGCAAAACAAGGAGCGACUCAGGGUGCCCAGAAGACCUCCAUGGACGAAAUCAAUUACAACAUUACAAUUAGAUCGACAAGAGAAGGAUGCGUUCCUAGAGUGGCGAAGAGGGCUCGCUCAGCUUCAAGAGGAGGACAAAUUUCUGUUGACACCAUUCGAACGCAAUAUCGAAGUCUGGAGGCAAUUGUGGCGUGUCUUGGAGCGAUCACAUCUAGUCGUGCAAAUCGUAGAUGCUCGCAAUCCACUAAGAUUCAGGUGCGAAGAUCUUGAAUCGUAUGUCCAAGACGUGGAAGGUGCAGAAGGGGAGGCGGGUACUGGAAGAGAUAAGCGCAAAGGUCUCCUGUUAAUCAAUAAGGCCGAUCUACUCACUGCGACGCAAAGGCGAAUAUGGGCAGAUUAUUUUGAUGGUCAAGGAAUACAAUACGCAUUCUUCUCCGCUGCGAAUGCUGCUGCAUUGCAGCAAGCCCGCCGGGAUGCUAUUUCUCAGGCCGAAGAGGCACGACUACAUGAGGAGGAUCAUAGAGAUGACAUUUCACUAUCCGAUUCAGAUGGUCCGUCUACACCCCGCGACGACGUCAGUGAUGAUGGCUUCGCAGAAGAGUCGGUACCGGAAUCGCCACAUCAUUCGGCAAGUGACACAGACGACGAACAUGAGUACGUUCACACAGAGGAAGAUAGUCCCGACGGACAGGAUCCUCGUACCAAAGUUCUUUCAGUAUUAGAGCUCGAAGAUCUCUUCGUCACAGCUGCUCCAGAUCUAUCAGUAUUCGCUGGCCCAUCUAGAGAACCUCCAACAAAACUAGUGGUCGGACUAGUUGGCUAUCCCAAUGUCGGUAAAUCCAGCACAAUUAAUGCCCUUCUUGGAGAAAAAAAGGUCUCCGUCUCGUCAACUCCUGGAAAGACAAAGCAUUUCCAAACUAUCCAUCUCUCUUCAACGAUCGUGCUUUGUGACUGUCCUGGGCUGGUCUUCCCGCAAUUUGCAACGACCAAGGCGGCGCUGGUUUGCGACGGUGUACUACCAAUUGACCAAAUGAGAGAGCACAGUGGUCCUGUAGCCCUGGUGGCCAAACGGAUACCAAAGGAGGUGCUUGAAGCAACUUACGGUUUGGCUAUUAAAGCCAGGGGUAUAGAAGAGGGAGGUGACGGGAAGAUCACUGCGGAGGACUUCUUGAUUGCAUAUGCAAUUGCCCGGGGGUUCAUGCGGUCCGGUCAAGGUAAUCCAGACGAAGCCCGAGCAGCACGGUAUAUCCUAAAGGAUUAUGUCAACGGAAAGCUACUCUUCUGCCAUCCACCACCGGACACACCUGAGGAAUCUUUCAAUCAAAAAACCCACGACCUAUCGCUGCUGCGAAUGACAGGAAAGAAACGUGCACCCGUCACGAGAGUUGGAAAAGACGCGGAUACCUUCGUGCCACCUAAUCCGUCUCCCAUACUUGUUGCUCAAGGGCAGGGGCAGAAAUCUCAAGCCGUCGACCAAGAGUUCUUCGCUCACAAUUCGAAUCUAUCAGCACGAGCAUUUGUCAAAGGUACUUCUCGUAAUGGCCAAGAGUUCUCGAGAGGAAGAAUAUAUCCUCAUCAGAAUAUGGUGGCCGACGAUGGUACUCCAUUGGGAGAAGGGAGUGCGAAACUGGCUGCAGUGGUUGCGAGUGCUGGUGGUGAGAGUAAUGGGAAGAAGCAUAACAAAAAGAACAAGCGAGUGAAGCAAAGGAGCGGCAAGGGAUACGAUUAAUGCAUAACACGUGCGGUGGAGGAACACGUCAAAUAUAUCACCAUCAGUUGAGACUCAAAGUGAAUGUGCGGUGAGGUAAGGUCGGGGUCAAAUUCCAAAAUUAGCAAUGACCCCUCUGCAGCUGGAUAAAGCCCUGAG